UCUCACCGCCCAGUGGCUUCCUUAUCCUUUAUGAAGUUCCUCUGGCUGGAUGUGGCCUUUCAUAGUGCAAAUAACUGAUAGAACUGAAAGGGGAGACAUACAAGGAAUUUACAUAAGACAGCUGUGCAAAAUGGAGCUGGAGGAGCCUUAUUUGUGCACAGAGAUACUCCUGAGAAUAACCCAGAUACUCCAUUUGAUUUCACACCAGAAAACUAUAAGAGGAUAGAGGCAAUUGUAAAAAACUAUCCAGAAGGACAUAAAGCAGCAGCUGUGCUUCCAGUCCUGGAUUUAGCCCAAAGACAGAAUGGAUGGCUGCCCAUCUCUGCUAUGAACAAGGUUGCAGAAGUUUUACAAGUACCUCCAAUGAGAGUAUAUGAAGUAGCAACUUUUUAUACAAUGUAUAAUCCAAAGCCAGUUGGAAAGUAUCACAUUCAGGUCUGCACUACUACACUUUGCAUGCUUCGACACUCUGACAGCAUACUGGAGGCCAUUCAGAAAAAGCUUGGAAUAAAGGUUGGGGAGACUACGCCUGAUAAACUUUUCACUCUUAUAGAGGUGGAAUGUUUAGGGGCCUGUGUAAAUGCACCAAUGGUUCAAAUAAAUGACAACUACUAUGAGGAUCUGACACCUAAGGAUAUAGAAGAAAUUAUUGAUGAGCUCAAAGCUGGCAAAUUUCCAAAACCUGGGCCAAGGAGUGGACACUUCUCUUGUGAGCCAGCUGGAGGUCUUACCUCUUUGACUGAACCACCCAAAGGACCUGGCUUUGGUGUCCAAGCAGGACUUUAAUUUAUAUUCAACUGUGAAUAUUGUCACUGGAGAAAUAAAAAUGAAUCUCCUAUCUACAUAA